CACGCAAUCGAGUGACGCAACAGCGCAAGAUUACAAACUCCUUCCAACAAAACGUCAGUUGCAAAACUGCAUUACAGUGAAACACACACUUUCUGACAAUCCUCAACCAUGACUUGGACAGUGAACUGUCUGAUAACUUUGGCCUUAAUCUUGAUCAUAACUUAUAAAUACCUCACACGCAAUCACAAUUAUUGGAAAGACCGCGGAAUCCCUACAAUUUUAGGAGCGCUUCCAGCUUUCGGCCACAUGCUGGAAGUGUUUGUACUCAGAAAGAAUGCCUCAACAAAGCUGCACGAAAUCUACAAAGCUUCCAAAGCAAGCAUGGUGGGAUUCCUGGACAUGGAGAAGCCGGUUCUGUUGGUCAGAAACCUGGAACUAGUGAAAACGGUGAUGCUGGCAGAGUUCAACAGUUUCAGUGAACAUCCGCCUCUGGAUCCCGCAGCAGAUCCCUUGUUAGCCAUGGAUCCCUUUUUCGCAAACGGCGAAACCUGGAAGCACACUCGCGGGGUGUUUACAAGCGCGUUUUCGUCCAAGAAAUUGAAAUUCAUCGCAACAGUGGCCAGAGAUGAGUGCGAAAAGCUGGUUAAGUUCAUCAACGGAAAAUUUGAUGAAAAUGGUGAUAGUGGAACUGACGUUAACGCCAAAAUUAUGUUUUCCAAGUUCACAACUCAGGUGGUGGCCAAUGUGAUAUUCGGUGUGGACGGUAACGCACUAGUAGACGUCGACCCGCCUGAAUCAUUUCGGAAGAUGAUGGACGCAAUUUUUGAAGUGAAAGUUUCGAGCGCUAUCAGACAAAACAUCAUCUUGUCGGUUCCGUUUUUGACCAAAGUACUAAAAGUAGGUUUCGGACCCUCUUGGGUCUAUGAUGCGUUCACGAAAACUACUGACGAAAUUCGCCAGGUCAGAAAAAACCAGUCGAUCACUCGCGAAGAUUUUCUGCAGCAUAUUAUUGAGUAUGAAGUUAAUAAUGGUAACAAAUACGGAGACAUCGUUGCUGCUCACGCUUUCUCGUUUUUCAUUGAAGGCUACGAGACUUCCAGCAUGACCUUGAGUGCGAUGGCUUACUUGAUUUCGAAGCAUCUGGAGGUUCAAGAAAAGAUGCGUAAGGAAGUGCAAGAAUUGGUGGAAAAGUAUGGAGAGAUCUGCUACGAUGCGGUCAAUGAAAUGAAUUAUGUGGAAAUGGUUAUUUUGGAAACUUUGAGGCUCUUUCCGCCUCUGGGAAAACUCCAGAAAGUUUGCUCAAAAGAGAUCACUCUUGAGGGAUCUGAUGGAUUGAGGUGCACGCUGAAUUCCGGAGACUAUGUUUGUGUUUCAGCAGCGGGAAUUCACAGAGAUCCCGAGAUUUGGAGCAACCCGGAUGAGUUCAAUCCUGAAAGAUUUAAGAAAGAUUCCGAUGAAAGGAUGCGCAAGUUUGCCUUUCUGGCGUUUGGGGAUGGGCCACGUAUGUGUCCGGGCAAGAGAAUGGGUAUUACCCAGGUGAAAGCUGCCAUUGCGACUAUUUUGAUAAACUACGUUAUCAAGCCGUCGGAGAAAAUGGUAGAGCCUGUCGAAAUUGAUCCGAGAUAUUUUUUGAAUACUGUUGUUGGAGGCUUUUGGGUUAAAUUUGAACAUUUGUGAAUUGGUUAUGGAAUGUGCUAGUUAAUUUUUUUGUUGGCGUGUGUUUUGGACCUAAGACCUUGACUCUUGUUAUGAUUCUUUAGAAGGUUGAUAAUGUUAAAUAAUAAUGUACAGGAAAAAUUUUUAGAAAAGAGUAUAAUGAUUUUUUAUCAGUCAAUUAAAUGCUUAUAAUUAUUUAAUGAGUAAAUUUUUCGGAAAUUUCCUCAAAAAUGUUAUUAAUUAAUUUUAAGAUGCAUAACAAAAAAAUUUCUACGUAUUAUUUUUUUGUAGACAUUCUUUACACUAGGAGGGUACUUGGAUCUCCUUAAAAAGAUCUACAACAUCUGCAUGUAUGUAAAUAUAAAAAAUAUAUUAUAAUUACUUGUGAAAAAAAUUUUCUGAUGACCCAAUAUGUGUAUGUAUGAUUUUUUUCAAUUUUUUAUUAAAUAAAAUAAAUCUUACGGUAUAUAAUGCAUUUUUUCAAUAAUAAAAAAUACUUAAAUCAUAAAAAUCAUUCUUACAAUAAAUUUUAAAAUUAGUUUGAAAAAAAAUGUAUUUUUUUUUUAAUUUUUAGACAUAUCUUGAUUAGAUAAACUGAUGUUGAUGCGAUUUGCAGCAACUGACCUUGUUUUUUUUUUUAUAUAUUAAAAGCUGAUAAGAUCUAACAAGUGAUCCGUAUAUUAGCUCAAAAGUUAUUUAAAAAAAAAUUCAAAAAUUUUUUUAAAUCUAUCUA